UCGAUCGUUAUUAGCAGGCCAGAGAGACGGCCGCUGUAAAGGUGACAUUUAGCUUUGUGUUCACCGCGGCUCCUCCGAUCAAAAACUAAUUGUGAAAGAGUGGUGGCACAAAUAUAAGCAUGUCUUCUCUCAGGAGGACAGCGGGUGUCCUGCGAACAGGCCUGCAACUCUUCAGACGCGGACCUCAGCAGAUGACCGUCAGAAAGGCGGGAGGAGGCCCUCAUAUUGAGCCUCAAUACAGACAGCCUCCUCAGCUCACCAAGAACCAGAAGUUUCAGGCAGAGCUGCUCAGCGGUGCCAUGUGGUUCUGGAUCCUGUGGCACAUCUGGCACGACCCAGACGCCGUACUGGGUCAUUUCCCAUGGCCAGACACUUCAGCUUGGACCGAUGAGGAGCUGGGAAUCCCACCUGAUGAUGAAGAGUAGAUUCGCCCUCAACGACCCAACCUGCAUGUGCACCAGAUCGCAAAACCUGCACAUUUUCUGUGGAGGAAACUGAAAGUUCCUGUUAUGUAUAUGGACUUAUUAUCAAGUCUAAUUGUAAAAGUUGCAUUACAAAGUAUAAAUAAAAGCCACACACGCUUCA